AUGCUUCUUUCUGCGGUCCUCUUCAUUCUUCCUGGCGUAUUUGCCUUUCCUGCGGCUCAGAAUGCCGUUUCGUGUUCUCAUGACAGCCUUUAUACCUCACUCUCUCGAGAUGGCGGGGACUUUUGCUCCAGCAUGAUGAGGACUCCUUGCGAGGUUUCGUCGACUCCUACGCAGUUCACGACGUAUUCCUCGGCCAAGUUGUCUUCAUAUUGUGCUUGUCUCAUGACAACCUGUACUUCGUUUGGAACUGCUGCGCCCAGCGCAACUGGCUCUUGGAGUGGCCAAGAGAAUGGCACUAUAUCGUAUACUUCGUGGCGCUAUUCUCGUGGCCCGACGAUUACAAAUGGUGCUACUCAAGCCAGAUCUUCGGAUGGCACCGAUGGGGGAAGUUCAGAGACUAAUAGUGGUGAUGGCUCGGGGGCUACUGAUGGGACACAAACUUCCACGAGUGGCGAUGGGAGCUUUACUGGCCGUGCUUCCAUUGAGCCUUCGAGCAUUCUGGAGUCACCUACUGAUCCAAUGACGACUGGCUCUGGAACUGCCUCGGAGACUGCAUCAGGCAUCGUCGGCUCUGAUACUGGAUCCAUGACUGACAAGGGCACGCGUACAGCACAAGGCUCUCCUCAGGGGACUUCAACAUACAAAUCAUCUGAUCAGAGUAGUAACAACUCUGGUGGCGGCUCAGCCACUUCGUCUCAGACAGCAUCUACUACAACUACAGGUGAUGCUGCAUCUACUCACGAUGGAGGAAGCGGUGGCCCUGGAGCAACAGGAACUUCUGGAGGUAGUGGAGGUGACCAUACUUCUACUGCCUCUGGUGGAUCUGCUACCCAGAGCGCCUCAAAUGGCUCUGGAGAUCCUGGCCAAGCAUCCUCAGGACUGAGUACAGGCUCUGACAUCAGCUACUCUGGAUCUACACCGACAAUAACGUCUGGAACUGCAUCCACAGCCACGGGUUGGAAUAACUCAUCAGCAUCUUCUCCAUCGGGUACAGGAACUACAGGCUCCUUGUCUUCCACGGCUACAUCUAGCUCUGACAACUCAGAAACAGCAUCUGUAACUACAGAUGCAACGGCGACAAGUAGUCUCACAUCUGCGCCUUUCAUCACGCCCAGCGGCUUCAACAGCAGCACCAUCAGCCAUAUCGUCAACGCAACGCAGACAGGCCCCCCUCCUUUGCCCGCCGCAAACUUCACACAAGUAACUCGGACAGGCGCCAUCGUCAAGCCAACUUGUUAUCAAAUGCCGGAGCCAGAGGGCGGCUCAACUCGAAGAGCGCUGCUUCACAACACAAAGCUCCGAGAGGAAAACGCAACGAUCCCGUUCCCAUAUAUCGAGUCUGUCGAUUUCCAGACGGAUGGCGUCGACCCCUUAUACCUUACACUGCGUGAUGCAGCCGAGGGAACUCACUACAUCGAUGUUUCUAAUCGGAGCUACAUUGCUAUUGUAGACUCUCUUUACAAUGCCAUGAUUAUCGACGGCAAAGGCAUUCACUUCUCGACUAAGAAGUGUCAGUAUGAUGUCUCCAUCACAAUUGACUCCAUGUAUGAGCAGCUUGCUGCGCUUUCUGGACAAACUUGUUCCGUGGGAGAUCGUAAGCGGAAGCGGAUGACCGACACGGACUUCAAACAGACGCUCUACCUGCGAGACCAGUGCAACAAUCCAGUCAGGCAGACGGUCAGACAGUAUCCAAACCUCAAGAUUGGGGACACAGACUGCAACGACAUUGAGGUCGAUGAGGAUACCGGGCGCUGGCUCUUUGACUGCACAUUCCCCGGUUCAGACUCGGGCACCAUGAAAUGCGAAUGGGCUGUACGAAACGACAUCGAAGAGUUUCUCUUCACGGAUCCCUUUGGCGGUGCCUGUCCCGACCUGUCCACCGUCAUCACAACACUCGAAGCCAACGGCCAGGACUUUAUCAACCCGGAAUCCCUUCGAACCGAGCUCUACAACCAAGGCCUCGACGACGCGCAAAAAGCCGAGGCCAACCUCAUCGUCAUCUACUACGAGCAACUCUGGGAGAUCCUCAAGCAGGCAUUCUCCAAACUGCGCACUCAGCCACCCGGCAAAGCGAGCGCCAUCCAGGAGUACAUCGACGUGUACAACAAGUACCGCAACUUCGAAGACGACAUCUGCGAGGAUCUUCACGCAGGCGACAUGCCCCUGAAGAUGAGCCUCCGCGCAGGCGUGACCAGCAUCGACGCCAUCGCCAGACUCAACUGGGCGCCCGAGAACCCCAAGCCCUUCAACGUGACGGUCCAAGACCCGGCGAAACUCGCGUGCUGCAGCCCCGGGAGCGAUUCCCAGAAGAACGAGACGGCGGGCACUUGUGCGUAUCCGGCCAGCGCUCACCUUGGCGAUACGGGAUGUGUUUGCGGGAAGAUGGCUUCGGGAGCGUCGGUGGCGUUUGAGAUUACCGAGUGUGAGAAUUUCAGUGAAGAUGAAGAUUGGCGGGACUGA